AUGAAGACCAUUCUUAGUAACCAAACAGUUGACAUUCCUGAGAAAGUCGACAUUAUCCUGAAGGGGCGGACAGUUACUGUCAAAGGCCCCAGAGGAACUUUGAAAAGGGAUUUCAACCACAUCAAUGUGGAAUUCUCUCUUUUGGGGAAAAAAUGCAAGAAGCUGCAUGUUGACAAAUGGUGGGGUAACAGAAAGGAGCUGGCAACUGUUCGCACAAUUUGCAGUCAUGUGCAAAACAUGAUCAAGGGGGUUACCUUGGGCUUUCGUUAUAAGAUGAGGUCUGUGUACGCCCACUUCCCCAUCAACAUCAUUAUUCAAGAAAAUGGCUCCCUGAUCGAGAUCCGUAACUUCCUUGGGGAGAAAUACAGUAUGUCUCUGAGAAGGGAACAGCACAACAAGCUGAUGAAUAAAACCCGAUAG